GGGUGGGCGGGGCGGCGGGGGCUCCGGGAGCUGGGCCGGGGGCGGGCCUCCGCCUGCUUCUCCAGAACCCUGAGAGCGCCCGGCACCGCGGCCGCCGACGCAGCAGCCGCCUCCGCUCGUCAACCCCGAGGCGCGCGGGUUCCCGGGCGGCCCCGGCGGGCGCGGCGAGAGGACGCGCCAGGCGGCGCGGGGCGGGCCGCACGCGCCCCCGGCCGCCCCCCGCCCGCGCGCGGACCGGCCCAGCGGAGCCCCGGCGCGGGGAAGCGCCGGCCGGGCGAGGGCGAGGGCGAUGCCGCGGUGACGGCCCCGCCAUGGCUAAGCCCGCGGCGACGGCGGCGGCGGCGUCGGAGGAGCUGAGCCAGGUGCCGGACGAGGAGCUGCUGCGCUGGAGCAAGGAGGAGCUGGCGCGGCGGCUGCGGCGCGCCGAGGGCGAGAAGGUGGGCCUCAUGCUGGAGCACGGCGGCCUGAUGCGCGACGUGAACCGGCGGCUGCAGCAGCACCUGCUGGAGAUCCGCGGCCUCAAGGACGUGAACCAGCGGCUGCAGGACGACAACCAGGAGCUGCGCGAGCUCUGCUGCUUCCUCGACGACGACCGGCAGAAGGGGCGCAAGCUGGCGCGCGAGUGGCAGCGCUUCGGGCGCCACGCGGCCGGCGCCGUGUGGCACGAGGUGGCCCGCUCGCAGCAGAAGCUGCGCGAGCUCGAGGCGCGCCAGGAGGCCCUGCUGCGCGAGAACCUGGAGCUCAAGGAGCUGGUGCUGCUGCUGGACGAGGAGCGCGCGGCACUGGCGGCGACGGGGGCCGCAAGCGGUGGCGGCGGCGGCGGGGGCGGCGCCGGCUCCCGCAGCUCCAUCGACAGCCAGGCCAGCCUGAGCGGGCCGCUGUCGGGUGGCGCGCCCGGCGCGGGGGCCCGCGACGUGGGCGACGGCAGCAGUACGUCCAGCGCGGGCAGCGGCGGCAGCCCCGACCACCACCACCACGUCCCACCCCCGCUGCUGCCCCCCGGGCCGCACAAGGCCCCCGACGGCAAGGCAGGAGCCACACGUCGGUCCCUGGACGACCUGUCGGCGCCGCCGCACCACCGCAGCAUCCCCAACGGCCUGCACGAUCCCUCAUCCACCUACAUCAGGCAACUGGAGAGCAAAGUGAGGCUGCUGGAGGGUGACAAGCUCCUUGCACAGCUGCCCCGCCCCUACGGCCGCCCGAGAAGCUGGCUUCAGCAGGCAGGCUCCGGAGAGUUCCGCACGCUGCGGAAAGGCUUCUCGCCCUACCACUCGGAGUCCCAGCUUGCGUCCCUGCCGCCCUCCUACCAGGACUCCCUGCAGAACGGCCCGGUCUGCCCCGCACCUGAGCUGCCCUCGCCCCCCUCUGCUGGCUACAGCCCUGCAGGACAGAAGCCCGAGGCUGUCGUGCAUGCCAUGAAGGUCCUGGAGGUACACGAGAAUCUGGACCGGCAGCUCCAGGACAGCUGUGAGGAGGACCUGAGUGAGAAGGAGAAGGCCAUCGUUCGCGAGAUGUGCAACGUGGUCUGGAGAAAGCUGGGAGAUGCAGCCAGCUCCAAGCCCUCCAUACGGCAGCACCUGUCUGGGAACCAGUUCAAGGGGCCUUUGUAGGGCCACUCUUCUGUGGACGUGGACUGGCCCUGCUGGGGGUCCCCAGGGGGAGUUUCAGGCCCCAGACACGGGCAGGACCUCCAGCCCAGCCCCUGUCUUCUUCCUCUGUGGUGAACUGUACAUAGGACGCUGCCCGCCCUGGCCCAGCUGCCAUGGGUCCGAUGCACUGGCCCAAGCCGCCAUCUCCCGCCUCAUACACCAGCAACCUGGGAAGACAAGACACUGCGACCGUUCCUGCAGCAGAGCGGCCCGGACGCCUCAUUCCCUCUCUGGGCCCUGGGCCCUGGGCUCCAUGAGCAAGAGGCUGCAGGCUGCUUCAGAGAUCCAGCCUGGGAACUGUCCAGGCUCCUGUGUCCUGCCUGGGAUGGAGGGGCCACUCAUCAAACCCUCUACUCCCUGGCUGCCACCCACACUGGACAGAGACCACUACCUGGGUCUUGACGCAGGUGGCACCACUUCUUGCCCACAUGCCGUGGCCUGGCCCCAGGCCCCCCAAGCACUGGGUCCCCGGCAUGUGGACAAGGCCACUCACCACGUCUGUGGCUGGCUGGAGGCUGCCCUGGGCCCUUCCUGUGACCCUCAGCCUUGGAGCUCAGGGUGCCCUCACACCUGGGGAUCUGUGCUCAGCCACCCGAUGCCCGCUGCUCCUUGCUUUUGGAGGUCAUCCCCCUCCCCCACAGUCUCUGCAAUGUCCCCCUGCCACCCUGUCCAGGCUAUGCCCUUCUUGGGCUCCUCCUGCCCCAUGCCUGAGGCACGUCCCUUUUUGUGGUUUACAUGACAGGCCAGUAACAGGAAGGGCCUGGGGAGAGUUUCUGGGCUGAGCCACAUGUGAUUUUCCUGAUGGGCAGCACUGGGCCACAGCUGGGGCUCUGGUUGGCUGUGACCUCCCCCAGGGCCUGGCUGCAUCUUGGGUCCCUGUGGACAGAGCUGUCUGGGCUGCAGAUGAGAGUUCUGUUCUUUUUGGGAAGGAGCGGGUCUGGCCAGGUUCUGCCUUUAGUUUGUGGUGUGACCUUUAGCAGUUCACUCAGCCUCUCUGGGCUCUUGGUGGAAACAGGUCUCUGAGGUUCCUUUUCGGCCAUGCUUAUGGCUCCAGGUCAUCCAGCGCCACAGGGCAGGGGUCCUCACUGAGGGGGCGUGAGCCAACAGCCGACGGCUGAGGGCGGGCCAGGUGGAGCUGAGUUCCGCUGCCUUGCAGUCGCUGCGCGUGGACAGUUGCCUCCCCACUCUGAGCCCGUGUCCUCAGUAGUAAAACGGGCAGCAUAAGGCCCUCCUCACAGGAUUCCGGGCAUCGAGUGAGAUCUUCAGUGUAUAUGACCAUGUAUAAACUGUAAAGUGCAAUAGAAAAUUGUGUGUGUGAGGAAAGUAAGGCCUAGAGGGGGUGAUGUGUGGCACAUGACAGGGGAGAUCCCACAGCUGCAGCGCGGGGACAGGCCGCUUCCCCACAUCCGCUCAUGCCACUGUAAGCAGCCCUAGCUCUUGAGUCCAGGACCUCACCAGGUCCUCAUCAGACUCCUGUGCUCUUCCAGGGGGUGCUCAGAGCCCCACCUGAAGAGCCCAGAGAGGCUGUCUUCCUACCCAGCAGGUCUCACGCAGGCCCAAGGCUGGGGAUGCAGGCAAGAGGAGGGAGAUGGCCGCCCUGUCCCUCUCCCUAGCUGGCAGCUCUAUUCUGAGCAGUUCUUGCUGCCCGUUUGCUCUCAGGGGAAAGGCUCACGCCCCCCAUCUUAGCCCCAGGGGGGUAAGUGGGUGCUGGUGAUGGGACGGUGUGGCACUCCUGCCGUGGGUGUUGCCAGGAGGCUCUUUGGGAAGGAGUGCCGCCCAGUCAGGUGGUGCGCUCCCGGUCACUAGGGGUGUACACGUGAAGUUGGGUGAACACCUGCUGCUCAUGGUACCCAGUGAUUCUUGCCCGAGUGGGCAGCUGAGCAGAGGCCCCUCUGGGUCUUGCAGUCCAAAGAACCGCAGAGUAGCCCAAGGGGUGUGGGUCCAUUUUGAGUGGCAGCCAAGUCUGGGAGCCCCUGUGCAUCAUGUUUGGGUCAGGUUGGCUUGGCCACCACUGAAAUAAGCAAUAAGUACGGGCUCCUGGUACCUGCGGAUCUCCUGCAAACAGGCCCAGAGAACAGCCUUGAAGCCACCUUUCCCCUCAAGGGGACUGACGCUGUCUUUAAUGCUGCAGUGGCAUCCAGGGAUCAGUGGAACGGUGCUUUGAGAACCCUCCUGCUGUUACGGAGGCAGCACAAAGCUGGUGACCCCUGAGCCAACACGGCACUGGGAUGGCUUUCUAGGACAGAACCCUGUCGGCGACAGUCACGUCUCAAACUAAUAGCUGAUUUUAAAAGCCAGCAGCAGCGACGCCAUGUACCUGAGUACAGGUGGCAGUUGCAGAGCCGUGGGCUGUAGAGGGUCAGAUGGGGCUUCCCACAGGGGAAAUCUGGGCGUGCUGCAGCUCAGGGUGACUCCCAGCUCUGUCACUAGCAGGGCGACCCCUUCCUUCUGGAGCCUUAGCUCUGAAAGCCCCCAGUGGGGGUGCCCUUUCAGAUGCCCCGUUUCCAUUUCAAAGGCUCUGAUUCUUGAUCUUGAAGCCGGACGCGGCACUGGCACUCGGCUUCAGUUUCCACUGUGACAGACGGAGGUCUCCUUUCGCCCCAGCCCAGGCGGCCAAGCCCAUCCCGGCCUCAGAACAUGCUGAGCACAUUUUAUAGGGUGGCACCUUUUUAUCCAAGUUACUAGCUACACAUCAGUGUUUAAAGAGAAAAAAGUGACCUUUCAUUUUUUUUUUUUUUUCUUGAAACUUGAGGAAACAAGAUACAUACUACUGAUUUUUUUUUUCUUUUCUUAAAACUAAAUGCAUGACUGCAGAGCGGUAGAGGUGUAUAUUUUUCAUACUGUGGGGCAAAGUAUUUGUGCUGCUUUUUGGAGAUGGACUGGAACGUCUGGUUUCUGUCCCCGGGCCCGGCAGCUACGUCUAUUUUCUGUAGAAGGUGCCACAGUGAGACCCGGAGCCACCCCUUCCUGCCCUGGCGCCGUUUAGAGCUGGGAGCCCGUGGACUCCCGGCCUGUUUCUACCUUCUAUUCAACCACUCUGAUGUGGGGAGACAAGAAGAAAUAGAACUUUUUGAUAGUGUGGUAAAAACAUUGAUUUGAACUAUUUUAGUAAAAGGAGUAACAAACAAGAUUGUGAUAGUGUCUACUUUGAGCUAGAUAAAUAAAGGCCUCUUUGUGAGCCUC